AUGGAUAAUAGGAAUUGCGGAAAUGUUUGGCAACGUGGCUUCGCUUUAUCUCAAGCUGAUGAAUAUCAUCAUCAUGUUGAAAGUGCAUCGAUUCCGGUUUUACGUGAUCCGAUACGCGAUGCUACCACAUCAUCGUUCUUAUUUUGGGAUUAUGAUCCAACAUUUCGCACCAAUAUUGGACAAACUGUUAAUAGUAAUUUCGGCGAACCACAUUGCAUUGUACCAUUAGCACAAAUUCCGGAUUAUAGCGGUAGUUUUACCAGUUUACCUGUUCGACAAAUAAUAACAACACCUGCACCAAUUUAUUCAAGCUCGCAUCCAUGUGCUGUUAAAGAUUUUACAGUACCAUUAUCAGCAAGGUUUUCAUCCGAACAAAGCUAUUCGUUAUUAUCAUUUGAUACAACUAAUGCAUUACCAACUUCUUCAAUAUCACAACAAUCUGCACCACAAGCAAUACCUUCGGUAACAGUACGGAAAACAUCCAUCGAACAACUCUGUCAGGUUUGCCUUGCUGCCUCUUCCAACGGAUUGCAUUUUGGAGCCAAAACAUGUGCCGCUUGUGCUGCGUUUUUCCGACGAACAGUUAGCGAUGAAAAGAGUUACACUUGCAAACGAUCACAACGUUGUGAUGUUAAAUUAAAUUAUGCUACCGGUUAUCGUAAAAUAUGUCGCAGUUGUCGUAUGAAACGAUGUCUUCACAUUGGUAUGCUACCAGAAAAUGUACAGAAUAAAAGGCAAAGGAAGGAAUACAGGGAAAAUUACAGCUGUCAAAAUGAUAGUAAUAAUGAUAAUCAAAUUUCUAAAUGA